CAAAACUAUCUCAUUUAUUUGUCAAUUGUGAAUUCUGUAAUCAUCUCAAUUAACUAUUCCAAAAAAAAAAUCGUUAAAAAAAAGCUAGAAAGAAAAAUAAACAUGGAGAUUCUUGGUCGUUUAAGAAGAGCUGUAAACAAGUUGACUUUCUUAUUAAAUCUCAAAAAGUUUCUUACAAACUCAACAUGGCAAAUAGCUUCAUCGAUCCGAGCCCGAACCCCGGCCCUCCCCGGGCCCAACGGCUGGAGACGGCGUAAAGCCUAUAGCUUCAACGAUCGACCAGGGUUAAGAGCUUGUAUAGAAGUCGUAGUUGUUGACCAUUACCAUACUUCUUCUCCUUCUUCAUCUUGUUCAUCUUGUUCUCAUAAUCAUGAUGAUGCUAACUACGACGGUGAAGAAGAAGACAAUGGCCGUCGAUCGGAGGUCUCUAGUGGCGCCGCCUCACCACAUCCGCCGCUACGACGAACCACAAGCUAUCCAUUAGAAACGGAUGUAGAUAAACAUGCGGAUAUGUUUAUUGAUAAUUUUUACAGGCAUCUUUUGUAUGAAAAACAGGUUUCUUUGGAGUUAAGGUAUUGUAGGCAACCGGGUGGUAAUAGUUUUACUUCGGUUGAUGAAUAUAGUAUUGUUUCUCCAUUGUCUUCGGCUAGUUCUCAACUUGUUUCGCCAACUUGAUUUUAUGUUUAGGGUAAUUAAUAAUGGUUUCAUUUCAUUUUCUCUGUGUUUUUUAGAGAAAAAACAUUAGAGUUCAAGAUUCAAGAGCUUAUAUAUGUUUGUUGGUUUUAUUGUUAAGGUCUUAAGGAUAUGAUUAGAUUUGAUUACCAAGAAGACCUAUAAUUUUAAGAGGUCUCUUGAAAUUUAGGAGAAUUUUUUUUUUCCACCAAUGUACUUUUGUGCAAAUAUUAUGAAGAAUCUUUGGAGAAUUAUGUAUAUUUUGACCUAUAAUUUUAAGAGGUCUCUUGAAAUUUAGGGGAUUUUUUUUUCAUCAAUGUACUUUUGUGCAAAUAUU